AUGGGGAAUCUAAUAUCCAAGAAUGAGUUCCCCGUCAAGGAUCGAGUUGUCCUGAUCACCGGCGGCUCGCGCGGCACCGGCCUCGAAGGCGGCCGGCAGCUCGCUGCCAAGGGCGCACACGUGGUGAUCGUCGCGCGCGACAUCAAGCGCCUCGAGGAGGGCCACGCCUACAUCCGCGACGGCGCCCUCUCGCCGCAGACGCAGCGCUUCCACCACAUCUCGGCCGACCUCACGGACGCGUCCGAAUGCCAGCGCGUCAUCCGCGAGACCACGGCCUGGAACAACGGCGCCCCGCCCGACAUCGUCUGGUGCUGCCAUGGCAGCGCCCACCCGACGCUGCUCGCCGACACGCCCACGGAGCAAUUCCGCGCCCAGAUGGACCAGAACUACUUUUCCUCGGCCUACAUCGCCCAAGCCGCCCUGCAGGCUUGGCUGCCGCACAAACAGCCACAACAACAGCAACUCUCCAAGCCACCAAUGCCCAACACCCCACUCCCCGCGCGGCACCUCAUCUUCACCGCAUCCUUCGUCGCGCUGUUCCCACUGGCAGGGUACUCCCCUUACUCCCCCUCCAAAGCCGCCCUUCGCUCACUCUCCGACUCCUUGUCAAUGGAAUGCGAGCUGUACGCUGCCGCACACCCUCACGAACCACGCAUCCGUGUGCACACCCUGUUCCCCGCCACCAUCCUCACCGAGGGGUACGAGGCCGAGAACCGCAUCAAGACCGACCUGACCCGGAAGCUCGAGGAGGCCGACGCGGGUCAAACCCCUGCUGAGCUCGCACGCAAAGCCAUUGCGGGGCUUGAGGCUGGGCAGGAGCUGGUUGCGACUGAUUUCUUGACGGGACUGGUGAUGACUACCGUUAUGGGUGGGAGUGUGAGGGGUGGGUUUCGGAGGGGGCUUGGCACGUGGCUGGUCGGGUGUGUGGCUGGGAUAGUGAUGGUGGUUGUCAGGGCGAGCAUGGAUCGCGAUGUCAGGCGCUGGGGUAGGGAGCAUGGGCCGAGUGGCAUGAGGAGGGCGGUUGAUUGA